UGUUCUCUGAGGCCGACGGGGAUCUACGGUGAGGGCCACCAGCUAAUUAAAGACUUCUACAAGUUUGGUAAAAAACAGGAGGCUGGAUCAUCGGGGGGAUCCCAGAAGACUCUGAACAUGGACGGGUCUAUGCAGGCAACGUGGCCUGGAUGCAUGUACUCGCAGCCCGAACCCUGAGAGAGCGCCCGCAGACAGUCGGAGGUGAAUCUUUCUUCUGCUACGACGACUCACCCUACAAGAACUACAAGGACUUCAACAUGCUGUUCCUCUCCACAUUUAACUUCAGAAAAUUCUACAUACCCUUACCGGUGUUCUGGUUCAUGGCCAUGCUCAAUGACGUGCUCCGCUGGAUCCUGAGCCCCUUUCACAACUACACGCCAUUACUGAACAGUUACACCUUCGCCGUGGCUUGCACCUCCUUCACUGUCAGCACAGAUAAAGCCCUGCGCCACUUCCAGUACCGCCCUAUGUACGACUGGGACCAGUGUCGCGCCCGCACACAGAAAUGGGUCGACACGUUUCCUCUGGAUGACCCCAGUAAAAGCAAACUGUAAUUAUUACAGUAUAAAAAGAUCUUUUCAUUGUUUUAUUUGUCUAGCGUUCUUAGCUUAGUCAUGAAGAAAACACAAUCAAAGAAUUUAUUCUGAUGAAGCACAUACUUUAAUAGCCUUGUUAUGAUUUAUUAUUAAAUUCCAUUGAAUUAAUUUUGUUGGUGUUUAGUUGGUACAAGGGAUCGUGCUUCUUGUUGAGAAUGUGCUGUAAUAUUCAGAUAUUAAACAUUUCUACAUCAGAGCUGUAACAUCAGCAUUUGUAAUUAUGUAAAUUAUGACAAAUGUAAACACAAUUUACAAGCAUUUACUGGACUUUAUAUGGACCUGUAUUUCAGUAAUAUAUAUUAUUGAUAGCAAUGUUUUAAGUUGCAUAAUCUAAAGAAUAUUUUUAUGACAUUGUCGAUGAAAUGUAUCAUGUUUAGUUUGUUACAUUUUUGAAGUGUUUAAUAAAGAUUAUUUAAU